AGAAAAAUGGCUGAACUGGCUGGAAGGAUGUUGUUCGGGAUCUUAUAACCGCCGUACUGAAUGUGAUGAGUACCUGGCCAGACAGCGCUCGAUUGUCCUCGGAGGACGCUGACGCGUCCGGGUACAAUGUGUGCUUUUGUAUAGGGGAGCAACUUGAGGAGCAGGGAAGCAUGGCUGUUGUGGAUCAAAAAACCAUGUUCAAGGGAUUGGUGAUGUUUGAGGAUGUGGCUAUAGACUUCUCUAAGGAAGAGUGGGAAUGGUUAGACCCUUCUCAGAGAAACUUAUACAAAGAUGUGAUGUUGGAAAACUACAACACCUUAAUAUCACUGGGACUUACCAUUUCUAAGCCAUCAAUAAUUUCCCUAUUGGAACAAGGGAAAGAACCUUGGAUGGCUGGAAAAGCAGGAUGGUAUCCAGAUUUGCUGUCUUGGUAUGAAACUAAGGAGUCAGCUCUAAAGAAUGGUAUUUUUGAAAUGGGAUCAUUAAAAUGGGAAAUAAUGAACAAAACCACAAGUUCUUGCCUUGAGGGGGAGUCUUAUUUUGGAACUGAUUUGAAAUGUAGCAGAUAUUUUGAAAAAGAAGAGGAAUCUAAAGAGGAAUUUUUCCAGUAUAUGACAGUGCCAUUUGAAAAACUGUCAAUUGAAUUCAUUCAGCCUCCAGCACUUGUUCCAAAUGAAAUAAUUCAGCCUACAUCACUGGUUCCAAGUGAAAUAAUUCAGCCUACAUCACUGGUUCCAAAUGAAAUAAUUCAGACUGGAAAUGAACACUAUGAACAGAAAAAUUAUGAAAACUUUACUCAACAGAUAGGAAUUCAUACUAGCGACAAACUUGAUGAAAUGUGUGAGAAGGCUUUUAUAUUUUACACAAAUCAGAUGGAACAUCAGCAAAGUCUUCCUGGAAAGAAAUGUGAUGAAUUUAAGGAAUGUGGCAGAGAAUUUGCAUAUGAUUUUCAACUUACUCAAUAUCAAAUAAAUUACAACAAACCCUACGAAUGCCAGAUAUGUGGAAAGAGCUUUAGAAAGCGUGCCCUCCUUACUCAACAUAAUCGAAUUCACACUGGUGAGAAACCAUAUGAAUGCAAGGAAUGUGGGAAGGCUUUUAUCUGCUGUUCAACACUCAUUCAACACAGGAGAACUCACUCUAAUGUGAAACCCUUUGAAUGUCUGGAAUGUGGCAAGAGUUUUAGACGGAGUGCACACCUUACUCGACAUCAAAGAAUUCAUACUGACCAGAAACCCUAUAAAUGCACACAGUGCUGGAAGGCCUUUGCUUCUCUUUCUGACUUUAAUAGACAUCAGAAAAUUCACACUGGUGAGAAACCUUAUGAAUGUGCAGAAUGUGGGAAAGCAUUUAACAGUCGUUCAACUCUUACUCAACAUCAAAGAAUUCACACGGGUGAAAGGCCCUUUGAAUGUAAGGAAUGUGGCAAGGCAUUUAAUAAUUGUUCAACUCUUACUCAACAUCAGAGAACCCAUACAAAUGAGAAACCCUAUGAGUGUCAGGAAUGUAAAAAGACUUUCAGGCAAAGUGCGCAUCUAAGUAGACAUCAAAAAAUUCAUAGUGGUGAGAAACCAUAUGAAUGUGCUAUAUGUGGGAAGGGCUUCACUUGUGUUUCUGACUUUAACAGACACCAACGAGUUCACACUGGUGAGAAACCCUACGAAUGUAAAGAAUGUGGGAAAGCCUUUAAUAAUUGCUCAACUCUUAUCCGACACCAAAGAAUUCACACUGGUGAGAAACCGUAUCAGUGUGACCAGUGUGGAAAAGCAUUUAUAUCUGGUUCAACAUUUUUUCAGCAUCAAAGAACACAUACUAAUGAGAAGCCCUAUGAAUGUCAGGUAUGUAAAAAGACAUUUAGGCAAAGUGCACAUCUAACUAGACAUCAGAGAACUCACACUGGUGAGAAACCAUAUGAGUGUUAUGACUGUGGGAAGACCUUUACUUGUUUUUCUGAUUGUAAUAGACAUCAGAGAAUUCACAGAGGUGAGAAACCCUAUGAGUGUCAAGUAUGUGGGAAGGUCUUUAAUAAUUGCUCAACUCUUAAUCAGCAUCAGAGAAUUCAUACUGGUGUGAAACCCUAUGAAUGUAAGGAAUGUGGAAAGUCUUUCACUUGGCUUUCAAACCUGAAUAAACAUCAGAAAAUUCACACUGGUGAAAAACCCUAUGAAUGUAAAGAUUGUGAGAAGGCUUUUCUCUGUUAUUCAACCUUUGUUCAACACCAGAGAACUCAUACUAAUGAGAAACCUUAUGAAUGUCAGGAAUGUGGGAAGGCUUUUAGACAGAGAGCACAUCUUAUUCAACAUGAAAGAAUUCAUACUGGUGAGAAACCAUAUAAAUGUAAGGAAUGUGGAAAGGCCUUUUCUUGUGUUUCCUACUUUAGUAGACAUCAGAGAAUUCACACAGGUGAGAAACCAUAUGAAUGUAAAGAAUGUAAAAAGUCCUUUAUUGAUUGUUCGACUCUUAUUCAACACCAGAGAAUUCACACCGGCGAAAAACCCUUUGUAUGUCAGGAAUGUAAUAAGGCUUUUAGGCAGAGGGCACAUCUUACUCAACAUCAAAGAAUUCACACUGGUGAGAAACCCUAUGAAUGUAAAGAGUGUGGGAAGGCCUUUACUUGUCUUUCACAGGCGAAAAAGCACCAGAGAAUACACACAUGAGAAAAACCCUAUGAAUGCACAGAUUGUGGGAAAGCUUUUAGAGUACGCCAACAGCUCACUUUCCAUCAGAGAAUCCAUACUGGUGAGAAACCCUAUGAAUGUAAAGAAUGUGGAAAAACCUUUAGACAGUGUGCCCAUCUUAGUCACCUUCGCGUACAUCAAAGAAUUCAUGUUGGAGAGAAGCCAUAUGUAUGUAAAGAAUGUGGGAAGGCCUUUAGAGUGCGAGGACAGCUCAGUCUUCACCAAAGGAUUCAUACUGGUGAGAAACCCUAUGAGUGUAAGGAAUGUGGCAAGACCUUUAGACAGUAUGCACACCUGACUCGACAUCAGAGGCUUAACAUUACUGAGAAGUGCUAUGAGUGUAAGGAAUGUGGUCAGGCUUUCUUGUGUAGUACAGGCCUUCGAGUCCAUCACAAACUUCACACUGGUGAGAAACCCUAUGAUUGUAAGGAGUGCGGAAAGGCCUUUAGAGUGCGGCAGCAACUUACUCUUCAUCAGAGAAUCCACACUGGUGAGAAGCCCUAUGAUUGUAAGGAAUGUGGGAAGACUUUUAGUCGUGGCUAUCAUCUGACUCUCCACCAGCGAAUCCACACUGGUGAGAAGCCGUACGAAUGUAAGGAAUGUCAGAAAUUCUUUCGUCGUUAUUCAGAACUUAUUUCCCAUCAAGGCAUUCAUAUUGGAGAGAAACCUUAUGACUGUAAGGAAUGUGGGAAGGCCUUUAGGCUGUUCUCACAACUUACUCAACAUCAGAGCAUUCAUUUUGGUGAGAAACCCUAUAAAUGUAAAGAAUGUGAGAAGACAUUUAGACUGCUCUCACAACUUACUCAGCACCAGAGCAUUCAUACUGGUGAGAAACCCUAUGACUGUAAGGAAUGUGGAAAAGCCUUUAGACUUCAUUCAUCACUUAUUCAGCACCAGAGGAUUCAUUCUGGCGAGAAGCCAUACAAAUGUAAGGAGUGUAAGAAGGCAUUUAGACAGCAUUCCCACCUUACUUACCAUCAGCGAAUUCAUAAUGUAGUCCCACAGUUCCGAUCGCUCUUCCAGCUCUCCGACACGCUCUGUGGCUGCCAGCCUCACGACAGUGCCCGCACUUUGAGAGUCUGGGAAUUUCAAGCAGCUUUCUGGGUUCAGUCAGUACAGUCACGUCGUCCUGGCCACAGCACUUCCAGUGCCACCUUGGCCACGCCUAUCAGAUCCCCGGAGGUUUUGGACUACAUUUCCCAGGAAGCCCCUGCGGCCAGCUGCGUACCUCGAGGCCCGGUAAUCCAAACACGCGGGAGACUGAAGUGGAGGAUCGUGACUGCCUUCACGGCAACCUUGCCAGUGAGUCGAGGCCGGCUUGAGCUACUGAGCGAGGCGCCAUCUCAACAACUAAGCAGUGUAACAGUCACCUUUGAAUACAAUAGUUGCUGGCGAGUUAUAGCCAAUGGGUGUCCACAUAGUGACUUUGGUGUGGAGCAUCUUUGUCCUUUUGUAACUGGAGCCACAGACAACAUCUUUCAGUUCAGGGUCAGAUUCUGUCCAGAAGUACAGCUCUCCUGCUUUUGGUCGGAUGCAGUGAUUGAGUACGAUGCUGCAGACUUCUCCGACCUCUCUCUGUGUUCUUCAUUCUUAACAAGACACUCUCGCUCAGGGCACUAUGUGCAGUUCUGGCAUUGGAAAGUUGCAUAUAGGAAGCAUACAGGAGAGUUAGACUUUGUGGGUUCUAGAGUAUAUGAAAAGAACUUUUACAAUGGUUACGUGGGUUCUUUGGUUGAGACCAAGAAAUUAUUUCUGAAAAAGGAUAUUUAUGGAAUAGAAUCAUCCUGAUGGGAGAUAAUGGAAAGACUUACAAAACACAGCAUUGAGUGUUCAAGUUUCAGAGGUGAUUGGGAAUGGAAAAGCCAGUUUGAGAGAAAACAGGGAUCUCAGGAAGGACAUUUCAGUCAUAUGAUAUUUACUCCUGAAGACAUGCCCACUUUUAGUGCCCAGCAUCAGACAGUUCACACUGAUGAGAAACUCCUUGAAUGUAAGGAAUGUGGGAAGGAUUUUAGUUUUGUAUCAGUCCUUAUACGACAUCAGCAAAUUCAUACUGGUGAGAAACCUUAUGAGUGUAAAGAAUGUGGCAAGGCCUUUGGUAGUGGCGCAAACCUUGCAUACCAUCAGAGAAUUCACACUGGUGAAAAACCUUAUGAAUGUAAGGAAUGUGGAAAGGCCUUCGGUAGUGGCUCAAACCUUACUCACCACCAAAGAAUUCAUACCGGCGAGAAACCAUAUGAAUGUAAGGAAUGUGGGAAAGCCUUUAGUUUUGGAUCAGGUCUUAUUCGACACCAGAUAAUUCAUAGUGGUGAAAAGCCUUAUGAGUGUAAGGAAUGUGGGAAGUCCUUUAGUUUUGAAUCAGCGCUUACUCGGCAUCACAGAAUUCACACAGGUGAGAAACCUUAUAAAUGUAAAGAUUGUGGGAAAGCCUUUGGCAGUGGUUCAAACCUUACUCAACAUCGAAGAAUUCAUACUGGUGAGAAACCUUAUGAAUGUAAAGCAUGUGGAAUGGCAUUUAGUAGUGGUUCAGCCCUUAAUCGGCAUCAGAGAAUUCAUACAGGUGAGAAACCAUAUAUAUGUAUUGAAUGUGGAAAGGCCUUCAGUUUUGGAUCAGCCCUUACUCGACAUCAAAGAAUUCACACUGGUGAGAAACCUUACAUAUGUAAGGAAUGUGGGAAAGCUUUUAAUAGUGGCUCAGAUCUCACUCAACAUCAGAGAAUUCACACUGGUGAGAAACCCUAUGAGUGUAAGGAAUGUGAGAAAGCCUUUAGAAGUGGCUCAAAACUUAUUCAGCAUCAAAGAAUGCACACUGGGGAGAAACCUUAUGAAUGUAAGGAAUGUGGCAAGGCAUUUAGUAGUGGCUCAGAUCUUACUCAACAUCAGCGAAUUCAUACUGGUGAGAAACCAUAUGAAUGUAGAGAAUGUGGGAAGGCCUUUAGUAGUGGAUCGAAACUUAUUCAACACCAGCUAGUUCAUUCUGGUGAAAAACCCUACGAAUGUAAAAAAUGUCAAAAGUCCUUUAGUAGUGUUUCUGCUCUUAAUAGGCACCAGAGAAUACAUGGUAAGAAAUCUUAUGAAUGUAAGGAAUAUGGGAAGGCUUUUCCUAGUGACUGGAAUGUUAUUCAACAUCAACAUCAGAGAUAUCACACUAGUGAGAAACCUUAUGAAUGUAAGGAUUAUGGGAAACUUUGGGGGGGGUUGAUCUUCAGAAACAAGAAAAGUCACAAAGGUGAGAAGUUUAAUGAACUAGAAAUUCUGUGAAAUGAAGUGAUACAGGAAGAACUUUCAACACGUGACACAGAAAAUUAAUAGUGGUAAAAAUCUUUACAAAUAUAAUUAAGGCACACAAGACUUAUGCUUCAGAGGUUAGCCUAAGAGAAUUAAUGUAGGGAAAAAACUACCUUGAAUAAAAUAUAUAUUGGAAGA